AUGGUCGUGGAGAAUACGAGUUGCCUAAACGAUCGAGGUGGGAGAUCAUUUAACAUCGCAAUCGUCGAUUGGGAGAAUUCCGGUUGGUUUCCUGACUACUGGGAAUUAUUCUGUGCUUCGUACCCCCUUAAUGUCGAGUGGGAAGAAGACUGGUCCUGGCGAGUUCAGGAGUUUGUUCAAGUAUGGCCCGCUGAGAUGGCCGCCAUGCAACUGAUUGACAAAGAUCUAGGCUGGAGAAAGCAGCAUAUCGCUGGUAAUUAA